UGCGUGCAGGCCGCGGCCGCGCGGGGACCCGGCCAGCGUCCCGCCGCCUGGCCGCCUUCUUUCUCCGUCGGAUCCCCACUCUGUCUUCCUCUCCCCCUCCUCCCGCGCCCCCUCCCGCCUGCCCUGGAUGCGAUGGCGAAGUGCGACGGCGUGGUGUGCUGCUUCGGGUGCAUGUCCCUGAUCCCCGGCUUCACGGAGCACGUGGUGGACAAGCUGGCAUUCUUCCCCCCGAAGCCGCCCGGGUAUCCAGACGGGGGUCGCCGGCCGGGGCGGUCCGCAGGCGAGGGCGAGCUGGACGGCGAGGGCCUCCUCGAGGCGCUGCCGGACUUCAGCACCGAGGGUAUACAAGUCGCGCCCGUCACCAUGCAUACUUCCAGGGGGAGCACGAUUUAUGGUGUUCACUUCCGGCGCCUUGACGCCACGAAGACAGUGCUGUUCUCGCACGGUAAUUCCGCCGACUGCGGUAGCUCCUUCGUGCCCUGCCUGGAGCUCUGUCGGGAACUCCGAGUCAACGUGCUGGUUUAUGACUACACCGGGUACGGCUUGAGCAGUGGCGGGAAUGGCCAGGAGGUUCAGGUCUUCUUCGAGGCUUCCGCCCCCGAUUUUUUUUGCAGUGAUCACCUGAGCACGGAGUCUGGCGUCUCCACGCAGACUGCGCGGAAGGACGCCCAGUACACGGCCGCCAAUGGCACCGUGGUCCCUCACAAGAGCCACGCGCGUGAACUUGGUGCUCAUUUAAAUUACACGGCCAUGCCCGCGCGGCGCCGACGAUGGUUGAACGAGCCCACAAGGCCACCGCGGACUACGCAUCCCGACGCGCCGCUGCUGCCCGCCCAGAGCUGGCCAACUUGGGGGCGCAUCGACGUGGCCACCACGUUGGACUACAGCCGUGAUCUUGGGGACCUUGCUGCCGGGACGUUUUUUGCGUGCCUCACCGGGCUCGUCUACACGCAGAAGGACUUCGCGAAGAUCGCAGGUGACGAGGUUGACGAUGCCCUCGCCACGUUUGGCAUUGUUGAGACUACUGAUUCGGAGCGAGUUUUUUGGGCGCACCUCGAGAGUUGCGCGCCCACGGCCCCGCCAGACUGGCUCGCUCUGCGCUUGUAUGUCGACGACGACGGGCACAUGAAUUUCUUCAGCGACGGCUCCGCCGAUCCUGCCGAUGACGCUCGGUGGCGCGUGGCUGGCAGCAGGGUGGUUUUCCGCAUGUACGAGGCUGACGGCUUCUUCUGGCGCGUGGUGGUGAUGAAGAUCAAGGCCCAUACAGAACGCAGCGACGCACGGACGGUAAUGGACGCCUGCUUCUGGGACGGGAACGAUGGAGCCGACGCUGCCGCCAAGCGGGGUCGCCCCGCGCACGAGGGCGCCCGUGAUUUUGCUCGUGCCGAGUGCUUCCAGCUCGCGGUGCAACGCCGCAUGCUCGACGCGCGCAGCGGAGAUGACCCGGUCCAGGGCGACAACGCCCCCGGCGGCUCGGCCCCUGACGCCGACGGCGAAUCCGACGACCUGCCGCCACAGCAUUCGCUGGUCUGGGGCGUCGCCCACGCUUUCGCCACCCCGUGGCGUAGCGAGCAUGCUUUUCUCCCUUCGGCGGUGUCUGGCACGCAGUUGGUGCGCGGCCGGCUGUUCUACGAUCGCUUCUUCAAAUGGUGGCGAACUCUCGCGUGGCGCGAUCGCUGCGACGCUGCCCCCCGCGAUGCCUACGGCAGCGCGUGCAUUAUGGAGUUGGCGAUUCUCUACGAGGUCCAAACGCAGACGCGCCCCCCUGUGAAGAUCGGCCCGGGCAAGUGGUUGCUGCGCGAUGCGCGCGCGUCAGCCGCCGUCCUGAGCCAGACGCUCAAGGAAACUGGCAUGCUCGUGCAGGCGGUGAUCAAGGUACUGGAGCAGCACGGCGCGGACUUCGCGGCGCCUGCCCGUUUCUUCGCCCGCUCGUGGUGGAUGUUCGGCUGCGCGCAGGAGUCGCCCACGCACGCCCUGCCCACGCGGCCGCGGAUGCACAUCCGUGCCCUGAGCACCCAGCUUGACAGCAAUCAUCAGAUGGACGAUGUUUUCACGACUGCCCUGGGCGGAGCUCUUCUGAUUGACGUCAAGGGGCGCACCAGUGGUGCCGAUCCUUUCAGCGAGCGUCUGGCCCUGCACGGCAGCGCCCGGAGCGCUUUGGAGCAAGCCGACCUCGAGCUCUCCGCCGCCCAGGAGGGCCGCGCCCAGCUCGCUGCCGCUAAACCUGCACUUGCCCAAGGGGGCUGCACCGUCUACACGCUGACGGACGUCGGCGCGCUCACGCGCCCGAGUCCGUCGCGCGCAGCCGGCCAGCCUGCGAAGCAGUCUCGUCGAGGCAUCGCGUUCGAUGAUGCAGGCCGGCCCCAGGCCAGGACCCGGCUCCAUUUCUGGGCCGGCUCCGUGGGUCGCAAUCGAUUGUCUGCUGCUUCUGGCUGCCGCGUGUUCGGCUUCAACACGCAGAAUGCGUGGUGGGAGUGUUUCCUUUGUGACCGCGUGGUCAACGUGCGCGAGCUCGGCCGCGCCUGGAAGCGCCCUGAGCUCGCAGGCGGCCCUCGAGAGGAGCUCGAAGCGCUCGCCGAGGCAAAUUCGGCCCCUACUCAACCUGCUAGGUCGAACGCUGGGGACAAGAGGAGCUAA